UUCCCCAGAGCCUCCUUCCAAGUCAGGAAGAUGCCAMAGUGCCUGACUUCUGAAGGUAAAAAAAGAGCAGACUCCAAAGAGAGGGAGAAUUGUUCCAUAGAAGAUCUAAAAGAAAUCAUCACCCUGGCUUUUGUGAGAGAGAACACACAAAAGGGGUUUCAGGAGGCCUGUCAGCAAAGCAAGAAGAAGAGGAAGAAAAAGAGAUGAUUGGUGAUUAAUCUAUCCAGCUGCCGGUAUGAGAGCGUGCGUAGGGUGGCCCAACAGUAUGGCCUUCGAGAGGGAGGUGACAACGAUGACUGGACUCUGUACUGGACAGACUACUCGGUAUCACUGGAGAGGGUGAUGGACAUGAAGAGCUACCAGAAGAUCAAUCACUUCCCUGGGAUGAGUGAAAUCUGCCGCAAGGACUUGCUGGCCAGGAAUAUGAGCCGCAUGUUAAAGAUGUUCCCUAAAGAUUUCCACUUUUUCCCUAGGACCUGGUGUCUUCCUGCUGACUGGGGAGAUUUGCAGACCUAUAGCAGGUCAAGAAAAAAUAAGACAUACAUUUGUAAGCCGGACUCGGGUUGCCAAGGGAGAGGUAUAUUCAUCACCCGCACUGUGAAAGAAAUCAAACCAGAGGAGGAUAUGAUCUGUCAGCUCUAUAUUUCAAAGCCCUUUAUUAUUGAUGGGUUCAAGUUUGACCUACGGAUUUAUGUGCUGGUGACAUCAUGUGACCCUCUCAGGAUUUUUGUGUACAAAGAAGGACUGGUCCGCUUUGCUACCACUUCUUACUCUUACCCCUGCACAGACAACCUGGAUGAUAUUUGCAUGCACCUGACUAAUUAUUCCAUUAAUAAGCACAGUUCCAACUUCAUUCAAGAUGCUUACUGUGGCAGCAAGAGGAAGCUCUCUACCUUCAACACGUACAUGGAGAACCACGGCUUCAACGUGGGACAGAUAUGGAGGGCUAUCGAGGAUGUCAUCAUCAAGACAAUCAUCUCGGCUUACCCAGUCAUCAAACAUAACUACCACACCUGCUUCCCCGGCCACACACUUAACAGUGCCUGCUUUGAAAUCCUGGGCUUUGACAUCUUGUUGGACCACAAACUCAAACCCUGGCUGCUGGAGGUCAACCACUCUCCAAGCUUCUCUACUGACUCCCGGUUGGAUAAAGAUGUGAAAGACAGUCUGCUGUAUGAYACCCUGGUACUGAUCAACCUGGAAAGUUGUGACAAAAAGAAAGUCUUGGAGGAGGAGAGAAAGCGGGGACAGUUCCUGCAGCAGUGUCCCUCCCGGGAGGUCAGGAUUGAGGAAGCCAAGGGUUUCCAAGCAGUGCGGUUACAGAAAACAGAGAAAUAUGAGAAGGAAAAUUGUGGCGGGUUCCGGCUGAUUUAUCCCACUCUGAAUUUGGAGAAGUACGACAAGUUUUUCCAGCACAAUUGCUCCCUCUUCCAGGAUACUGCUGCUUCCAGGGCUCGGGAGUUGUAUGCCCGGCAACUGAUCCAGGAGCUGAGACUGAAACAGGAGAAGCAAUCCUUCCAAAUGAAAGAGAAGAAGGUGGAGAUGCAGGGAGAGUCAGAGAUAGCCGGCGAGAAAGCAAGGGGCAAGAGCGCCAAGAACCAGCAGAAAAAACAACAGAAACGCAAGACCACCGCCCACAGCCCCAAACAAUACUUCCGGCCAUUGGCAUUAGUGUCCUGCACACCUGAGUUGCUCUUAAGUGUCAAAGAUGUAAAGAAGAAUGAAACAGGCCGUAGCCUUGACCAGGAGGCUGCAAAGAAGAAGACUGAUUCUGCUCCCUACAAGCCUAUCUCUGCAAGACACUGCAGAUCUGUACCUGACAUGAGGCGGUUAAGACUCAGUUCCUCUGGGUUACAGUGCUGUGAAACCAAUUCCAGAAUCAAGAUGGCCAAGUCAGUCAAUGAAGCGAACAUAUUUUCUAGUACCAUGCCCUUAACCUCAGUAGAAACUACCCCUGAAUCUACCACCUGGGACUCAACCUCUCCAGAGUUGCUACCAAGCCUGACACUGACCACCAGCUCUGAAUGCAGCAGCCCAGAAAUUGUCAGGAUAGUAUCCUUUAAAUAUAAGCAGCAGCAGAUUCCCCAGAAGCUCAUCCAGGAGAACAUAUCAAAACCUUCUGUGCCUACAAAAUCCUGGAGCUUCUCGAACAAUUUGAACCCAAGCUGGGCUUUGCUAAAGAAUGACACGAAGGAGAAGCAUCUGGUGUCAGAGCUAUUGGCAAAGCUUCGGUUAAGAGGGAAGCUCUCCUUGUUCCCAGCUUACUGCAGCCCGAAGCAGGUGCUGAGUGACAUGUCACAAAAAUCCUUCCUGCCAAGGAAGGGCUUCUCCUUUAGCCACAGCCCUGGUGAGAAGAUGCAGAUGGAUGUGCCCUCCYUCCUCCUCUUGCAGAACCCUCACAGCUCUGACUAUUCUCUGAAGGACCUUCUGGUGGUUGCCACUCCAGCCCGACUAGAUCCAAGGCCUUGCAGGAGCCAUACAGGUGCUAUGAGGAACCCCCAUAUACAGGAACAAGAAGCAUACAGCCACUGCCUGAUCUCUGGCCCAAAAGGAUGUGAAAGGAACUAG